AUGGCGCCACAACGAUUAUCAACCUUAUCUACUGUUCGAAAGCAGCAUUUACUCGUAGAAUUUUCAAGUCUAAAAUACGCAUGUCCACAUGGCGUGUUCAUGAGCCUCACACCUGGCGACCCCACCCUCUGGUCUGGCGUCCUAUUCGUGCGGAAAGGCCCCUAUGCGCCUUCAAUCCUGCGCUUUCAGAUUUCGUUUCCACCUCAAUAUCCUGCUCUCCCGCCUCUAGUAACUUUCUCGACGGACAUUUUUCACCCGCUGAUUACGCCGCUUACAACUUACAUGUACAGUACGGAUAUACAGUCUGACGGUACAGUGAGCGCGACAGAUGAGGAGAGAUUACCUCCUGGAGGAUUCUCACUGAGAGAAGGGUUCCCGGCAUGGUUUGGAAGAACAAGUAGAAAAGGCGCAGAACAAGGAACUCCCACGAAGGCCGGUGGAAGUACAGCUGAGAGCGAAGCUAUGAGUAGCCCAGGAAGUGGUAUCUAUCCACUGGGAAAAACUGCAGAUGGUAUCAGGGUUGGGGUUUAUGAAGUAUUGAGAUAUAUCCGGAGGACGUUCGACGAUGAACUCGUGCUAGAUAAGGUACCGUUAGAAGCAGCUGGUAACCCCGGCGCAUGGCACGCGUGGAAAUCGUAUCGCAUAAAGAUAGGCAAGAUGACUGCAGAAAACAAAGACUCCAAUUUGAAGGAUCCGACAUCACCAGUAGUAGCGCGCGCACCAGGAGAAUGGAAUUGGGAUGGCGUGUGGGAAACGAGAGUCAAGAAGGGUAUCGAGGCCAGUACCGCCGAAACAGUCUUAUAUGGUUUAGGAGCAGAUGAUCUGAUACAAUUUCUCAAUCUUGACAAGGAGAAGGUUGAGCAAAUCAGAGAGCAGAUUAAAGAGAGUGCGGAUACUUUGGAACCACAUCGGAGAAGCGUGGUAUGA